AUGCUUUGGUUCCUCCCGUUGAUUUUGGGCACUCUCGGCACGAUCACCGAUGCCGGUGCAGCUUCCCCUAAUACUAGGGCACCCACCUUUCGUCCGAUGUACUAUCUCCGGACGUCCCCCAAAGGCCGAAACAGGGCAUGUGUGCCAGCACCGAAGAACGUCAAAUGCACCCAGCAUGAUCUCUACUCAAACCAGUCUUUGUGCGAACUUCGGUGUCAACGUGAGUCAAGAAAAAAUGCAAGUCUGGAGAAGCGCAAAGAGAACUUCGUGGAGUCGAAAACGACUGAACACCUCGACCUCUAUUACUAUGACAAGCCGGAUAAAAAAUGUUACAAAGUACCUGCAAACGCUGAGUGCACCCCGCACCAUCUAUACUACGGCUUGAAAAGUUGUGAAACACGCUGCAACGCUACGAGUCGCAAAAAUAUCUGCAAAAUGCUACCAGAAACUGGACGAUGCAAGGCCAGCUUCAGAAAAUAUUACUACGACUCCAGAGAUAAAACAUGUAAAGCAUUUACAUGGGGAGGCUGCGGCGGAAAUGCAAAUAAGUUCGACACAAAAUCCGCGUGCGAAGAGCACUGCAAAGUUGUUCCUACCACACCGAAACCUAAAUGUCCGAAAAACGAGACCUACAAGAUAUGCGUAAGCAGCUCCUGUGGCGAACGUCGGUGCGGAGAGCCCAAACCAGUUGGCUGCACUUUGGAUUGCGCUUCUGGAUGCUUCUGCAAGUACGGGUACUACAGGGUCAGAAAUGGAACUUGCGUUCGCAAAUCGCACUGCCCUCGAACAGAUUUGACCAUUACAUUUCCACCGACAACGUCCAAACUUCCACUUGAACCGGAAGUAUUUUCUCCGAACUCUAGUUCCACUGAAAACCCAGAUGCAGUUCCUAAAAAAAAAUCUUGGAAAGAAUGCCUUUCGAAAUUCUUUAAAAUAUAA